UAAUACACAUACAGUACAUGCCUAACCUUUAACAUAAUGACGUCACAUGCAGGUUGUCACGUGGGUACCAUCAUGACAAUGCCUUUGUCUGGUUUACUGACACGGUAUGGGUUUGACGGUGGAUGGGCGUCUGUCUUCUACUGUUUUGGUGCUGCUGGGAUACUUUGGUUCGUUGCUUGGCAACUAAUAGUCCACGAGUCCCCAGAGGAACACCCAACCAUCUCAGAUCACGAACGAAAGUACAUUGAACGCAACAUGGAGAUUGCAAACGAAAAGAAUCCCAAGGUGCCUUGGAAAGAUCUGCUAACUUCAGUCCCCGUAUGGGCAAUUGUUGCCGCGAACCUUGCCGCGGACUGGGGUCUAUACACUAUUUUGAUUUCUCUACCUUUGUACUUGAUUGACAUUUUACACACCGAUAUACAAACGAUGGGUUUCCUGGCCGCGGCACCAUUUCUUGUCAAGGCAAUAUCCGGACCAUUUGGUGGUAUAACCGCUGAUAUUUUACGAAGACGAUAUCUAUCAACACGUACAGUGAGACGACUGUACUUUGGAGUGGGUUCAUUAAGCGCUGGCAUAUUCAUCGUUGCUGCUGGUUACGCCARKACAGCAUCCCUCGCCAUCGUUCUUAUGUGUGUGGGCGUGGCAUCGUCAGGACUAUUGCAYUCUGGGUAUAAUGUCAAUAUGUUGGAUAUUGCACCUGGUUAUGCAUGUGUUAUAAUGGGRAUGUGUAAUACUUUGGGUACUUCCGCAGGGUUUCUAAGUCCAAUGUUAGUUGGAUUUCUUACGGCUAACAAGGAAGCCAAAGAGUGGCGCACUGUAUUCUGGAUAACAUUACUAAUCUAUGCACUUGGUACAGUAAUAUUUUGUUUGCUUAUGUCGGCUGAAGUACAACCAUGGGCUAAAGAAACCCUUAAAGAACACAAGCAGGAGAAAAGCCCCCYUCCCUUAGACGACAGCRCAGACACCGAAAAGGACGCCAAGGACGCCAUUUGAUUCCUAGCUGAACUGCCGUUGCUAAGGAUAUUUAUCGUUGCUAAGGUCUAAGACCGCUGCCUGGCAACACUCAUAUCAUCGACUUGGUCGAGGGUAGCCAUGACAAUUCAAUUCUCGGAAACUAUCGUUGCUAAGAGUUUUAAUUGUUGAAAAGAACUUAAGCUGCUGCUAAGCAACAACUGUACAAACGACGAAGAUCGACAGGGAAAUUUGAUUCCCAAAAACUAUCGUUGCUAAGGAUUUUUUGAUUCCUAGCAACUACAGCCGUUGUAAGCUGGCAACCGGGUGAAUGGCAGCCGUCAAACGGUGGAACGUGAGUUGUUCAAGAAGGGAACAGGAGACAAAGGAUAGUAUCAUCUCUGAUGAAAAGAAGAUUCAUUACAGAGUUAACACAAAAACGAAGAUCAAAGUUCGAAAAAACGUCUAGAAUUAUUUCAACAUUUGAUUUAUUUAUUUAGACUUUUAAAGUAACAAAAUGUCUUUAGGAAGUUCUCCGAACAUUUAUUGUCAGAGGAGUCAGAGAGUUUUCACUGUAAUAUAUUUUCGUAUUGUAAAAAUUGACAAGAAACAAUAAAAU